GCGUCGGAAAUAGAAUACGCCAUCGCUCACUAUCGGAGAUCCGUCCGGACUGUCAUACACUCGGCACCAAGGACCGACCAGCUAUUGACGCUCCACUUCGCUUCGAGAAAGGAAACACAUCACGGGAUUUGCCUCCGCCUGCUCGGAAAGAUGCAAGCAGAGAUCAGGACGCAGCUUCCGGAUGUCGACUCUGUAGUAGUGGACUACGCCGCUGGAUAUCUCAAUCAUGCCGCUCGACAAUUCAGUGCCGAUGGAGAUCCUCUGGCAGAGGCGGCGGCUGCCAUCGCGCAGUUGCUCUUGUCCGCAUCGGGAGAUCUAUCGCGUGAGAACGAGGCCACAGUCCAGAAGCUCGUGGAGAAGUUUGUCCAAAGACUGAGCACCCAAAGCAAUGUGGACGGGCGGCAGCAGGCCCCAUCUGCGAGGAAGCUCGAUCAAACAAUUUCCGUGGCAUCGCAGAGAAAUAUUUCUUCCACGCUUGGUCUUACUGGUGGCGCCGUAGACUUGGAAUCAGCCAACACGCGCAAAGUGGAAUCCCGGGUCGACAAGAAGAAGCUCGAGAAGGCAGAGAGAAAAUUGCGAGCCAAACUUGACAAGAAAGAGUUCAAAACUGUCGAAUAUGAGGCCUCACGCUUGCUCGAUCAGCCGGAUGAGCAGAUGUCGUACGAAGAAUUCUUCAUGGCAGUCAACCCACUGCAGCUGGGGUCAGACGCAGCCUCGAAGAGCAAAGACAUCAAGGUCGACGGCAUCGACAUUUCCAUCGGAGGCAAGCGGAUCUUGACAGACACCAAUCUCACACUGGCAUACGGACGUAGAUAUGGUUUGGUGGGACAGAACGGUAUCGGUAAAUCCACCUUGCUCAGGGCGCUUGCCAAGCGUGAAGUGUCUAUUCCUACCCACAUCUCCAUCCUGCACGUCGAGCAAGAAAUCUCCGGAGACGACACACCGGCUUUGCAGGCCGUGCUCGAUGCCGAUGUAUGGAGAAAGCAUUUGCUAAAGGAGCAAGAGAAGAUCACCAAGGAGCUUGCCGAGCUUGAAGCUGAGCGAGCUUCCAUGGCUGAUACAUCUACAGACGCUGCAAGACUAGACAAGCAGCGUGAGGGUCUGGAUAUAACGUUGAGCGAUGUGCAGGGCAAGCUCGCCGAGAUGGAGUCCGACAAGGCAGAGUCAAGAGCAGCCAGCAUUCUCGCUGGUCUUGGAUUCUCUCACGAGAGACAGCAAUUUGCCACGAAGACGUUCUCCGGUGGUUGGCGUAUGCGUCUUGCCCUUGCCAGAGCACUCUUCUGCGAACCUGAUCUUCUACUGCUCGACGAACCGUCCAAUAUGUUGGACGUCCCAUCCAUCACAUUCUUGGCCAACUACCUUCAGGGCUAUCCCAGCACUGUCUUGGUCGUCUCUCACGACAGAGCCUUUCUCAACGAGGUCGCGACAGACAUCAUUCACCAGCACUCCGAGCGACUGGACUACUACAAGGGUGCCAACUUUGAAUCCUUCUACGCCACUAAGGAGGAAAGGCGGAAGACGGCAAAGCGCGAGUACGAAAACCAGAUGGCAGUGCGCGCUCAUCUGCAAGCCUUCAUCGACAAGUUCCGAUACAAUGCGGCAAAGUCCUCAGAAGCGCAAUCCCGCAUCAAGAAGCUGGAGAAGAUGCCGAUGCUGGAAGCACCAGAGAGUGAAUACGAGGUCCAUUUCAAGUUCCCCGAGGUCGAGAAGCUAUCGCCUCCGAUCAUCCAGAUGGACAACGUCUCCUUUGGCUACACUCCUGACAAGAUCCUCCUGAAGAAUGUUGAUCUAGACGUUCAGCUCGACUCACGGAUCGGCAUCGUCGGUCCCAACGGAGCUGGUAAAACAACCGCGCUCAAGCUCCUCAUUGGAGCACUGUCGCCCUCAUCCGGCUUGAUCUCUCAGAACCCUCGCCUGCGAAUAGGGUUCUUCGCUCAACACCACGUGGACGCCCUCGACCUGAACGCCAGCGCAGUCGGAUUCAUGGCCGCAAAAUACCCUGGCAAAUCCGACGAAGAGUAUCGCCGACACUUGGGAGCGUUCGGUAUUACUGGUAUGACUGGUCUGCAGAAGAUGGAGCUUCUGUCCGGAGGUCAAAAGUCCCGAGUUGCCUUUGCCUGUAUCGGACUGCAGAACCCGCACAUUCUCGUUCUGGACGAACCUUCUAACCAUCUCGAUAUCGAAGCUAUGGAUGCUCUCAGUGUGGCGCUCAAUCAGUUCCAGGGAGGUGUGCUGAUGGUCAGUCACGAUGUGACCAUGUUGCAGAAGGUGUGCACGAGUUUGUGGGUGUGUGAUCAAGGAACUGUGGAGCAUUUCCCUGGCACCGUGAAGGACUACAAGAAGCGUAUCACGGAGCAAGCGAAUGAUAGCGGUGUUGCGGUACAACAUUGA